UUCACGUGAGCUAUCCUGACCAACUUCAGGGCAGCAGUGGUGAAAGUUGGAGAGCAAAAUUGAGACUUCGUAAGCAGUCGAGAAGCUCGCCAAACAUAAAACUGACACAGUCCAGAGCCAGGCAGCCACCAUGGAGGAUUUAGACGCGUUGCUGGCAGACCUGGAAUCUACUACGUCCCACAUCUCAAAGCGACCUGUGUUCUUGCCUGACGAGACACCCUACUCCAUCCCCACCGGAGGACACUCCUAUCAGGAUGUGUCAGUUCCACCUCCAGUCCCUCCUCCACCCUCAGCUGAGGCUCUGAACGGGUCCCUGAUAGAUCAGCCAGACUCCCACCACUCCUCUCAGCAGUCGUUAGGUUCAGCCCAGAAGAGCUCAUGGUCCAGAGACAGUAGCAGCUCUCCGUUGUCUCACAUUGAAGAGGACCACGUCUACAGUUUUCCCAACAAACAGAAGUCAUCAGACUCGUCAACAGCAGCCUUGACCUCUGCCAUGGGUAGUAACCUCUCGGAGCUCGACAGGCUGCUGCUGGAACUCAACGCAGUGCAACAAAGCUCUCCUUCAUUCCCUACUACAGAGGAGGCAGCUCCACCCUUACCAUCCUGCAGUAUCACCCACUACGAGAAUGGCAGCACCCCUGACAUUAUGGUGAGUCCCCCCCCUCAGGAGAAACCCAAGAGGAAUGGAACGAGGCUGGAUGAGGCCCGACCCACUGUUGAGAGUCUUCUGGAUGAGCUGGAGGGCUCAGUGCCUUCGCCCAGUUCCUCUGCUCGCCACAGCGAUUUGGACUCCUCUCAGCAGCAAGCCAGAAUUUCAGCUUCCUGUGCAACAAGAGAGCUCGACGAGCUGAUGGCCUCUUUGUCUGACUUCAAGCCCAGUACUUUGGGCUCCCUGCUAGACCCAGCAGGCGUGUCCUCCAGCUCACCUCAUCCUCCAGUCUCUUCCUCCGUCACCCCAGUGGCUUCUCCUUUUCCUAGUCUGUCCCACCCGUCUGCCUGUGCCUCUCCUCUUUUCUCUUUGCCUGCUGGUCUAGAGCUGCACAUCGAUGAGGAUGGAGGUGACGGUGGCAUGUCGAUCCCCCAUGCGAACCGUCUCUGUCCCCACAGUCCUAUAUCCUCACUUUCUGCAGCCAGUGACCUAGACCUGGACUCUGUCAUAGAAGUCUCUUCCACCAUACUGUCAUCCCAAACCAAGUCUCUGUUAGCCCUCUCUCAAGCUGCUUCAUCUAACUCCAACUUUAUGAGAAAUAGCCCAAGUCCCUCCAAUACCACCACCACUCCCUCACUCACCUCAGUUAAUACUGUCCUGGACCACAAGUCCUCCAAGUCCCCUAGUCCAUCUGUAGAACGGGUCUCACCCUCAAAUACUGUUGGUAAAUUCCCUUGUGCCUCUGAGACUGUGAGCAAGGGUUCUGCUUCUUUUCAUGACCUUGCUUUGAAUUUCUCCACCCCACCUCCCUCUAAAAACCUCACCCCUCCUUUCUCAGCUCCAAAGACCCCUUCGCCCAUCCCUUCUGCCAUCUCUAUAUCUCCACCUUCUGCACAUGCUUCUUCAAAAACAUCUUCAUCAUCUCCAGCCUCUCCAUUGAUCGGCCCCUCUCCCCUGGCCUUCACAAGCCCUAGUAGACAGCUGUUGGAGUUGGCACCCACAGACCAAAGAGCCAGCCCCCUAAGUGUACAGCAACCCCCAGUGGUAGAGCCCUCCCUGGACGAGGCACUAGAUAAGCUGCUAGAAAUGAGUUUUGCACAGAAUCACUCAGCAGCACACAUGGAGGAACCACAGCUGAAGAUGGAGGCACAGUGUCUAGGUAGGGAAAUGCAGGAGAUCCAGGAGGAGCUCAUUCUGCCCAUGGACAGAAACAGUAUGCAGCCUGACACUUUUACCAGUGCCACCAACACCAUCACAGAUGAGUCAGUGGACGGAGGCACUGAUGGGAAUGGAGAUUUGGACUGGGCUGACGAGGAGCUGUCCAUGUCCUUCCAUGAUGGACUGGAUGGCACCAUGACGCCUUACACUGAGAGGCCGUACACAGAUGGCAGUAUGACCCCGCUGACAGAGGCCAGCUGGAUGGAUGAGUCCAUGACCCCGUCUUCAUGCCCUGGGACCCCUGACAUUGCCCUGGACCUGCCCCUGAUGCAGACUCCAAAUAUAGACAGAGUCUCUGCUUCCGGACAUAUAAAGUCAGUGAUAAGGCGCACUAAGGAGAUUCCCAACGUGCACCCCAUGUUCCGAGAUGGCCACCUGCGCAGGAAGAUGGGACCCAUCAUUGUAAACAAGAACACUUCUCAGGAUCGUCUCAUAGAGGAGCUUCAGGGCAAGUUUGGGAUCGGCCGCUCAGAGCGGCGACGUAAACAGUCUGAUGACUGGCUGACAGAGGGUGUCAUCGUCACCUCCAAACCCCAACGUUUCCGUGCCGAUGGGGCCGGCAGUGAGGUCGACAAGAUCGUAAUUCCCCCAGAGUCGCCUGUCCCUGUGAGGAAGGUGCUCCCACCUCCCUCCCCCCCCGCCUCUCGUCGUCCCCCUAUUAUAGAAGAACCUAGGCGACUACUCCCAACACAGCAGCCUCCUAUCCCCACACCGCCACCUCUCCCUCCACCUCCCUCUCCCCCUCCACAACCUCCCCACAUCCAGGAACACGUUCCCGCUGCGCCUCGGCAGAUUAUAAAAGCCCCACCUCCACCAGCCCCAAUACAGGAACCUCCUACCCCCAAACCAGAGCCCCCUCCCUGUGUUCCCAAAGCCCCAACCUGCCCUCCACCACUGGAGCCAGUGACACCAAUUGCACCCAAAGUCCUGGUGUCAGUAGGUUGCCAAACCGAGUAUGACCCAGUCUUCCCUCCAAUGCAGAUUAUGGCCCAGGGGAAGGGUGGUGUUCCCGGAGGGCCUCCGACACAGGUCAACAAGCUGGACAACAUGCUCGGUAGCCUGCAGUCUGACCUCAACAAACUGGGUGUGCAGACGGUAGCUAAAGGAGUUUGCGGAGCCUGCUGUAAGCCAAUUGUCGGACAGGUGGUGACCGCCAUGGGCCGCACAUGGCACCCCGAACACUUUGUGUGCACACAUUGUCAGGAGGAGAUUGGCUCCAGGAACUUCUUUGAGCGUGAGGGACAGCCGUACUGUGAGACAGAUUACCAUAAUUUGUUCUCCCCAAGGUGCUACUACUGCAACGGGCCCAUACUGGAUAAAGUUGUGACGGCGCUGGACAGGACAUGGCAUCCUGAACACUUCUUCUGUGCUCAGUGUGGAUCCUUCUUUGGCCCAGAGGGCUUUCAUGAAAAGGAUGGAAAAGCCUAUUGUAGGAAGGAUUACUUUGACAUGUUUGCACCAAAAUGUGGCGGCUGUGCCCGAGCCAUUUUGGAGAACUACAUCUCAGCGCUGAACAGCCUUUGGCAUCCUGAGUGUUUUGUUUGCAGGGAGUGCUUCACCCCAUUUGUGAACGGAAGCUUCUUUGAGCACGAUGGCCAGCCCUACUGUGAAGUGCACUACCACGAGCGUCGUGGCUCCCUCUGCUCCGGCUGUCAGAAGCCCAUCACGGGACGCUGCAUCACAGCCAUGUCCAAGAAGUUCCAUCCGGAGCACUUUGUCUGCGCCUUCUGCCUGAAACAACUCAACAAGGGCACCUUUAAAGAACAGAACGACAAACCCUACUGCCACGGCUGCUUCGUCAAGCUGUUCAGUUAGAGAGUGAGGGAGAGGGUUUCACAGUUCUGGAUCAGGGCUUUGAUAAGUCUCUAAAGCAUCUUUAGCACAGGUAGGGUGGGGAUGGGAUUAAUUGUGUUUGUAUCAAAGAAGGUUGUCUGUAUUCUGAUGAUGACAUUGGAAGUGUGUAUGGGUUAGGUACUGUAUGUGCAUGUGGUUGAAGCAGCAUACUGUCUCUGCCAGACUAUAAUACCUUUAACUUGUCCUUCAGAAAUUUGGAGAAACUAUUUUUAGACUGACCGCUAUGCCCUGCCUUUUGAACCUCUUACAGGUUUUGGGUGGGUCAGUCGGCUCAGGUGUGGCGCAGACAUACUCAAAAUGUGACAUUACCAGGGUUUUCAAAUUUACACUGAUGCACAAGUCUGAAGUUUUUUCUUGAUCACCCUGAAAUGUGUUGGAUAUUUCCAACAGGCAAAGAGCUGUCCUUUCCUGUAAUUCUCUCAUAAUUGUGUUUUCAAAGCUUUUUAGUUUUAUCUUGUUAGAUGGUGGUGAGAUCUUACUGAACACUGUAGAAAUCCAUGAAAUACUCUGUGUUUGACAUAGUAGCUCACUGGUUGAGCGUGUCAUUUUAGAAACCUUUAAAAAAAGAAAUAUAAAAAUCAGAAAACUGUAGCAGGGAGUGGGUGACCUGAUGUUUUUUUAACACUACAAUAUAAACUGUUUUUUACAGCAGAGGAGGGUAGAAGGCUUUCCCCCAUGGUAUAAAGUUGGACAGAGCAGAUGGAUAAAUCCACGAUAUCACUACAGCAUUGACUAGAAUUGGGCUGUGUCAGCAUUCACAAUUAUUUUGUAUAAGUCAAAUGGAAUGUCGUGUCUUAAAACUUUUACAGACACAUGAAAACACUAUCAUAUAAUGAUUUUAAGUGUGGAUACCAGAUUGUUGCAAAGAGUUUUUCCAAUAAAUGAAUCAAGAACUGAAUGAAUCAGUUUUACAGUUUCCAAAAUCAGUGUCAGGCACACUUUUUUUUAGCCAAAGGCAAACCCUGCGUGAUGAAUAUUUUUUACAGUGAUCAUUAAUGAUGAAAUUCAAUAUAUAUCCAUCCACCAGUAGCUGCAGUAUUCACUAUCAGUCACAUAUGUUUGAAACCUCACAUUUUUAUGCAGCCAAAUCAUUCCUUGUAUUUUCGCAGAAGCAGAAAAAAACGAUCUGAAAACAGAUUCUUGUAGUCAUCUCUUACAGUGAAGUGGAAUCACACAAAGAUAUUGGGAGUAUAUUGUGCAUCUCUUCCACUACCAUUGAUGUUUUUUGUAAAUAUCCAAUGCAGCUACAUUGUGAGCAAAGCGCUGGCAUGCUAAGCAUGGACAUGUGUCUAAUAACCACUCAUUCAAAGAGGGAGAGGGCCGGUGGGAAGGCAAAGCAAAGAUACUUUGAUAUUUUUGGUGUCAUUACUGUAUUGAGAAGCUGAUGAAUGUGCAACUAUUUUGAAAGAAGAAGUACAUUAUACAAGAAAAUGUGCCUGUGAUAUUUCAAUGACUCUAUGCAACUGUAGGUUUAAAACUUUCUAUUUCAGCAUCAGCAUGCAUUUCUGAAGUAACAGGCUGUCUGUGCCAUUGUAUCAGUACCAUGUCUAAUAACACUGGCAAAUCCAGCAGAAUACUGACAACAGGUCAGUAGUCCACAGUUUUCAUAUUAUUAGUCUGUGAGUCCACUGAAAAUGUAGGCUGUAAAAAUGAAAGCCUGGUGGUCUGUCGAUGACUCAUUUCUCUCAGCAUCUGAGUAGCAUCUACUGUAUGAGCACCAGGUUGGAUCUGUACAUGUAAUCAUGACAUGCAGCAGAUAUGUAUCGGGCCUUUUGUCUUGUUCAGGGAAUUCUAGAGCCUUAAAUCUUUUCUCGCUCUAUUUAAGAUAUCAUGUAACAAUUGUCUUUUCGAAUCAAUUUAGUAGAGUGUUAUUUAACCAAAGCCAUACCUUCUUUGAAUUGUUGUAAUGUCUGUUCACUUUUUGUUUUUCUCUUUUCACUCCGAAUGUCAAUAGUAAUGAAUAGUGAGAUUCCUCACCUCUAGUCUGAUUACACAAAUAAAUUCUGUUUUGGUAUUAAAAUGCUAUACAAAGGCUUUAUUUGUGAUGUGCUUUCACUCUGUGUGUCAGUUUUACACUUAAGCUCAAGGAAACACCGUGGAGCACAAACAUAGGUCAAACUGUACUGUACUGCCUUCAUCCUCAUCCUCUGCAAGUAUUAAAUAAGAGGAGGAAGGGUAACAAGUUUAUCCCUCUAAUGUUCUGCUCGACUUUUUGGUAGAGCACAUUUUGAGUCACUGUAUCUUAGUGAAAAAUUUGUGAAACUGACAUGAAUCUGACUGAGCUAUCUCUACCUAUUGGGUUAGGUAUGUUAUACUAAAAACAAUCCAGUAGAUGUCACUGUGUCUUUAAAUAGUAUGCCUUUUCAGGUCGCCUCCAACAGGAAGUGGGUAACAAAAAAGUCACUCCAGGGUCUGUGGUGAGAUUUUUAAAGGUUGGCAUAUUUUUUCCACGUUAUAGUUUCAAAUGACUUAUGUAAGUUUAUACAAAUAAACAAGUCUAAUAAAGGUCAAAUAAUUAAAAAACAGAACAAAACAUGCUUUACCAAACGGUUCAUUUGUCUUUUUAUGAUAAAGGGGCUAAGUUAAUGUAAUUGAAAUGACCUAUUUGCCGUGAAAUAAAAACACUUCUGAUCA